CUUUAGGAGAAAUGGAAAGUUGCAGCAUCAUUAAUAAAAGAAUCCACCACCAGUGGCAGCAGGAGUGGGAAGGAGACAGCAGUGGGAGGAAACUGUUCCGAAUCCAGCCAUCAGUACGACCCAUAAAGAGAGUGUGUAUGAUGAGGGCAGAGGACGUCAAGCUGACAAGGCUUAGACUGGGGCAUUGUGGUUUAGCGAGUGGGUUGCUGUCAGUGGGGUAGCUUCUUUUUUCUAGUUAUAUAUAUUUAUUUUUUUCUUUUUAAUUUAGAUUAUUAUUUUCAGUAGUGAUUGGUUGAACACGGGUAGUUACUCUGGUCCACACUCCAACACAGUAGGUGGCGGUAAUGCACCUUUAACGCUGGUUGCCACCUGCCAAAAAAAAAACAAGAAGAUAAAGAAGCAGCAGAAGCAGCUUUGCUAGCUCGUUAGCAUUUUUCUCGAUGUUGCUGUCUGUAUGGCGGGGCAGACUCGUUCAUACUCUUCGGUCUUUUAAAAUGAGUAUUCCAGUUGUGGACUUUGGUCCCUACAACAUCGACCAGAAGAAAGUUUCAGACGAGCAUCUGGAGAACCUUAGCAAGGAGCUGAAAACAGCGUUUACUGAAGUUGGUUUCGUUUUUCUGAAGAAUACCGGAAUAAGUCAGGAUGAGAUUACUCGGAUUAUGGACGUUUCCAGGGAGUUCUUUCUGAAACCGAAUGAAUUAAAGUCUCCAUUCAGUAGGAAUAAUUUUGAGAGGACAAACCACGGCUGGGUGUCUCUGGAGACUGAGAGGUUGAAUCCACAAAGACCCGGGGACCUCAAGGAGGCAUUCAACGUGACUUCCCUUCAACCAGACAUAAAAUGGCCAUCAGAGGAGUUUAAGGACAUCCACACCGACUUUUUCCAGCGUUGUAAAGAGCUGAGUCUUCGGGUUCUCAGGGUGAUGGCCCACAGUCUUGAUCUGGAACCAGAAGUGUUUCUCAAGACUCAUGGCAAUAUAGGAACGAGUGCAAAUGGCACCACCCUGCGCGCUCUGUACUACCCACCAGUGAACGAGAGUGUGAACGCCACAACCCUGCGAUCUCUGUACUACCCACCAGUGAACACUGAGGAGGCCAAGGAGGGUCAACUUCGAUGUGGAGAGCAUUCAGAUUACGGUAGCAUCACCCUGCUGUUUCAGAGCUCUGAAGGACUGCAGGUAAAAAAUGUUUCUGGUGAAUUUGUCAACGCUCCCUGCAUCCCUGGAGCAGUCCUCGUCAACAUCGCUGACCUGAUGCAGCGCUGGACCAGCGAUCGGUUUGUCUCUGUGCUCCAUAGAGUGUUGCUGCCCCCUCCUGGAGACCACCGCACACGUCAGUCUAUGGCUUUUUUUGUCCAUCCAGACGACGACGCUCUCAUCACCUGCUGCGACGGUUCUGACAAAUACCCCCCUGUCACAGCAGGCGAUUACCUGAUUGAACGCUUCAGUAACACGUACGGAAAAAAGUAAAUUCAACACAGAAGGUUGUAAGGUGGUGUCAGAUUUGCACGACUAUGCGAGAAAUCAAAGUUUCCACUAGUCUGACCAGUCUCUGGAAGCUAAAUAUGUCACAGAUCAUAUGUGCUGUUCAGAGAGAUUUAAAUCAUUGGUCAGGUCUCCACCCACCCCUCAUGGGGUGCACCGGUGGGGUCCAAACGUGCACAGUUGGCGCUCUCUUACCUCUACUGCAAAUGAUUUCCUUUUUGCUAUCAAAAAUUGAAGCCUGGAAUAUUGAAAACAUGUUCUCUGAAUUUAUCAGGAGAGAUAAAAAGUUGUGUGUAAAGAUUAGGAUUAUUCAAAUGGCAAGCGCUGCUGCCAGCUUUAAUCUGUCUGGUAUAUUUUUUCUUAACUGGCCUUUCCAUGCUCGGGUAAUUUCGAAUUGGGUUCAUUCAUAUCUUGGCUCAGCCUUUUGUAUUGACUCCAGGGCCUUCUCACCUUUCUGUUUAUGGAGCUUACUUAACUUGAAAAAGCAGAGCAUCACUAAGAAGCUCAGAAUUUAUAUGAUUGUUUGCAAUUCUAUCAGGAUCUGGGGUGUUAACACGCAAUUCUCUGGGAGCAAGGAUUUGGGCUCGAUGCCUGUCUACCCAGGUGGUAGCAGUUUAGUCUUUAAUUUAUGGAAAUCAAAUUGCUUUAAUGUUAUUAGAUUUUUAAUCAAAGCUGGUAGACUCAUGUCUUUUUGCCUCAAGUAUGUCUCAGCUGACCUACCUAUGGAACAUUAAUUUCUACAAUGAUAGUAUGAUUUUAUGAGGCUGUAUGAUUACCUUUUAUAAAGAGGCUGCAUGCAUGUUUCUAGUCAUCACAGUUGUAAUGUGGUAGCACAAUUUCAAAGCACAUACAAACUUAAAAAUGCUUUUUACUCUAGUUUUAUUUCAACUAAGAUGUCUGCUGACAGCAGUAUUUUUUCACAGGAAAAUGUAACCACUAAAGCCUCUUGAUUUUUAUGUUUUAGCUAGUCUAGCGCCACACCGUCCUGCUCACAUGCACAGCCAGGGCUUGACAUUUACACCUGCCAACUAGCCAAAUGUGGCAGAUAACAGAGAGACCCCAACUAUCCACUAUGACUGGUGGAAUUUAUCAGCAUCUUGGCCUAUGCUUCACUCUGACAAUGCUUGUUUAUCAGCACCAGUCUUUAUGAUUUAGAAGUUUGUUAAAAUGAGGCCGAUCUGCACAUACAAGUGUCGUAUUUCCCCCAAAUAACUAAAUAAUGGCUCAUCUCUCUGUUCAUUUGUGUCUUUAAGCAGCUCAAGCAGCUUCAAUGCUGCACAACAAUGACACACAAAAACACCUACACACCUAAAUGCAUCCAGCAUAGUGGCAGUGUAGACUUAAAGCGUCUAUCUGUUGAGGGCAAAAGUUUCAGAAUACUGGAGGAUAAAUAUAGACCUGAACUUUCUCCUCCUCCUUUAAAACUCCUCUCUGUCCGUGGAGGAUCAGAACAUCAGCACUGUCUGUUUGUCUGUCUCUGUUGCUCACAUGUGAGUUAUUUAAAAAUAUGGGUUGAUUAUUAUGCCUUAAUAUCAUAUUUUUAUCGAGGGACAAAUACAUGUUAAAACUUCUGCAAAUGCACACAUAAAAUGUUUUUUUGAACAUCUGACACGUCUAUAUUUGCAGGGAAUGUUAUUGAUAAUUACUGAUAUAAUUUAUACUGUUAUUUAUAAUAAUUUGGCAUAUAACACAUAUUUACCUACAAAAAAACUGUGGAUAGUAGAAACACUGAGUGGCUACUAACUACCACUAGCCAUGGUGGCUGGUGAGCAACAAAAGUUAAUGUCAAGCCCUGCGCAGCUGAUGGAGGAGGCCUGGUUGAUGUGGGCUGAAUAUUAAAUUACGUGUUUUUUUGUUUGUUUGUUUUUGGCCUUCACAGUAAAGACAUAAUUUGGUAUUACAAAAUAAAAGCAAUAAUGCAUUUAAAUGCAUAUUCAGGGGUUACAACCCCCUUCUUCCCUAAAACAAACCUGUGAUGGCAUUAAAGUCAUAUUUGAGGCUAAGCUUACAGAACUGUGUUUUUAUAAGUCUCUUUGUUCACUUCUUUAGAACUGAAACGAUAGUUUUAAGUUUCAUUCCUCUUUUUUUGAGGUGUAUCAAGCUGCCACUGAAAACAACACAUUUCCUCAUGUGGACGUUCUCGAUAAAAGCACUCAGGGAAAACCUACUAUGGACUUUUAUUGUGAAGGAUUUGUCAACGGUUCCAUGUUUAUCAUUGAUUUAGCUUAGCUAUAGCAGCAGUAUCAUUGAGUUUAUGCUACUACAGAGUCUACGGCUGCUUCUUUGACUUUAUAUAUCCUCAGCGUGCUUCUUUUAAUAAUUGUGGACUUAAAACUAGCAGUUAAAACAUACCUUUUAAAAGUUCUUUCAGCAUUUUUAAUACGAGCUCCUGCAGUGCUGUGCUAAAGACAACCUGUCUUGAAUCCAGAUUGUGCUAAAGCCCCAGACAGGCCUACGGAGACAGUCUGCAAAGUGAGCACUCUUGCUGUAUGUUGCUUUUAUUAUAGACGUUAAACUUUGAGAGGAUAGGGCAAGUCUUUUCUUUAUUUCUGUGUUUCGUAUUAAUGACAGACAUAAACGGGUGAUGUGCAGCUUGUUAUCUGGCUGCUCUUAGUGUCAGAGCAAUGAAUAGCCUCAGCCUGAGCAGUUGUCGGUCACAAAUCGAUUUGUUACACUAACGGUGGCAUUGUUUACAACCCAUGUGCACCACAGGAUGAGUGUUUACACUACUGGUGACAGCAUUGCUAAAAUCCAUAUGGCAGAAAUUGUGAUUCUUGCCAUAAUCGAGCAGCCUUUUCCAUUCAGAACAAAGCAGUCAUUAGACAAACAGGACAGCAUUCAUUGUUUUCUGGCAGUGUUGUUCAGUUUUGUAACCAAAGUGGUAUCUGGUAUUGUCAAAACUAAGUAAAAUACGAUCCUGAGCUCCUUUUACUUUACGUGCCUUCUAAAGACUCGCCAGUUCUUUCUCCUAAAUUUAAUCUGCUGGACAAAGUUCUGCUCUUAGCUAGUAGUCGUUAACAUUCAGGAAAGGGAGACUCCCAGUCUUAAAAUGACAAAGCUGCAAGAACCUACAAAAAGGUGAUGCUGAAGUUGAAGUUGGCAAAAAGACACGAGGCUAUCAUCUUUGAAUAAUUCUCAAAUAACCUUUGGAUUUCCAUAAAUUAAAGACUACACUACCAUUGAUCCAUAUAUCUAGUUCGGGGCUGCAAGGAGCUGGAUCUAAACCCAGCUAGGGUCAGGUUAAAUGUUGGACUGGUCACUAGUAAGUCAUGGCUGAGGGAUGGAGAAAAAACAAUUUUCCCACUCGCCCCUAGGGACAAUUCAGAGACACUUAAAAAGAAUGUAUUUGGUCUGAUGGAGGAGGUUAGAGUACAUGGAGAGAGCCCACACAUGUACAGGGAGAAAAUCCAACCACCAUGCAAAUAAAACCCUAAAUAAUAAGGAUUCAAACCAGAAACCUUAAAACUGUGAAGCAACAGUUCUGCAACAACAGCAGCCCAGCAAUUAAAUGAAUUCUUUUAAAAGGGAUUAUUCCCUCAUCAGAGGCACUAACAGAUGUUAUAUUUGUUGUAAGUAUUUUCUCACUUAACCCAGAAACCCUUAGGUUACUUAUAACCAGACAACAAUUAAAUUCAAAUUGUAAUGGCCUUGGGCAGAUCAGCCAACUCUGAAACUAGCAUGUUUAGGAAAUGGAUUUGUCUUGUUUUCUGUUUGUCUGCUCUUUGAUGUGAUUGAUUUUUGUCAGGGAUGCCCCAAUCACGUUUUUAAAAACUGAUACUGAUCAUCUAUGGAUGAGUUCUGCUGAUGUGAUCAAAUAUUGAUGUAGUAGCUGGUCUGUCUACUUAGCCCUGCAGUGUGCAGAGACCUCCAACAGGUGGCAGUGUAACCACAAAAGUCAUCCUCAUUCAGUCAAUAGGAUGAUUUUACUUCCUUAGUACAACAGAGCUGUAGAAAAUGAUGAAAUUGUGUAAUAUCCAACAAAUACAAUUUUAUAUUACUACGAAAACAAAAAAAUAUUCCUUAAAACAACUGUAUUUCAUGAUGUUUCUCGACAAAACUUCCGUUUCCUUCUCCAGAACUCACAUUCGAACCCGCCAGGAUUUGGUGUAAAUACAAAGUAUUUUUAAUAAAAUGGGACUCACAACAGAAUUGCGGGGGUAUUGGCACAUCUGCUUUGAUGGAUAAGUAUGACUGACCAGCAGCAGCAGUCUUUGCUGUCAGUAAAAGACGCUUACACUGAUUGAUAAUACCAAUGUGCUUUACACUUAUUGGCAGGCUAUUCAGUUAUAGAAGUAUAUGCAUGCUCGCAGCCUUCUCCUCUCUCAGCUGCAGAGGUCAUACCAACCACAGGAGAUCGGUGUUAGUGAUUGGGGCAUCUCCUUUUGAUUUGUUUUUUAAAGGUUGUGUUAAGAACUGAGUCCACAGCGAGCGCUUUCAGUACUUUUAGUGUUCCUAGUGAGUUUUCUUACUCAUUUUCUGUACAAAACCACUAUAGUUGUACACUGAGUGGUUGAUCAUUUUGACCUAUUUGUUCAAUUUGUAGAAAGUUUUCAGAAAUUUUUCAUGUGCAUGGGUGCCCUUUUGUCUUACUUCAUCAGGGCAUUUUUAAUGUAGAUUUUGCUAUUUGUAGUUUGGCAGUAUGUUUAUCAUUUUCCUCUUGGUUUAUACUUGGAAAAAAAAGUAGCUCUCCCUGUCAAAACAUUUGUUUACAGAAUUAACACAACAGCUCAGAGCUGAGCUAAGAAGUACAACACUGUUUAACAAAAGCUUUAUGCUCCAGUAAGGGCCAUAUUUCAUUUUAGAAUUCGAUGGAGGGCAGUUAAAAAUAGGCCAUAGUUUGGACAUCCCCGAUGUAUGUGCUGUUGUAAUUGUUUCAUAGUGUUGAAAAAAAUGGGGCCUUUUUACGCACAAUUAUUGAGGAAUAGGACAUUGUCGAUGAAGGACUCUGCUUACACGUCUGGACAAUACUUUGUAUACCUAAAUCAAAUCUGUUUAAAGUUGUCAGUGUUAACUUUAAUUUUUGCUUUUUUUCUAAUUGUUUUACUUUAAUGAUUUUUAAGAUUAUUUCACUGUUAUGAGAUCAGUUAAAUAAACACAAGACAAACCUGCAAUCCCAUUCAUUUAUUGUCCACAUUCAAACCUUUAACAACACAAUCAGGAAAUCAGCUGCUACACGGAUGUGACGUCGUUUUGAAAGGUAGGUAUAAAAAAUUGAAACUGUUCUUUUUCUUAAAGAUCGUUAUUCUUACAGAGAAUUAAGUCCAUGUAUCAUCUCAUAUAGUUGUUUUUAAGUUUACAGUGAGCACACUUUUAACCCCAUUUCUUUAUUGGAAAUUAAGUCUGCUUAAUUUAUGAUAAUAAAUUAAAAGAACAACAAAACUUGACUCACACAUACAACCACUUCAGUAUGCACACAACUAUUAGGCUAAAACAAGCACAGUUAUAUAAAAUUUAAGAUUUAAAUUCAUGAUAAAAUGUUGCUUCAUCUGUAAAAUAAAUACUCUUCAGUUGCUUGAUCUUGAGAUGACAACUCAAGAUCAAUAUAAAGAUGGUUUUAUGAUUAAAAAUAGGAUGAAAAUGGAGAAUUUUAACAGUUGAAACCUGGAGUCGUGUUAAAACUGACCACUGAAUGAAAUAAAGAGAUAAAUAUUCUUAUCCACAUCUUACAUUCAUCUUACAUGUCCCGUUCACCUUAGACCAUCCAGCAGCCAAUCACAGGGCAGACAUACAGAGACAAGUCAUUCACACUCACAUCUACGGGCAAUUUAGAGUCACCAAUUAAAUCUAUUGAGCAUGUCUUUGGUUUGUGUAAGGAAACUGAAGUACCUGGAGAACAUGCAAACUCAAACGGAAAGACCCUGUCCAACAGGAACUCAAACCAGGAGCCUUCCUGCUGUCAGGACACAGUGCUAACCACUACCACCCUACAGCCCACUUUGUCCCAUGUUAAGCCCAGGUCAUACCAAAGAUUUGUGAUGCAAUGCGACCGUUUCAGAGCAUUGCAGGGGGACAGUAGAGGCAGUGUGACCUGAGCCGUCACAGUUUGAAUCAGAUCGUCUAAUGAUGUUGUGAUUGGUAUCAAAUCACCACUAGCUGGUUUUCGGCAGCUGUAAACAGAUAAAUGUGAAAUGGUAGAUGGAAAGACUGCACAAUAAAUCACAUAAAAACUUCAGCCAUCUAAAUCUUCCUGUCCCCUCCACCAGCUGUAAGUAGGACGUGCGGCCCUGAGGACUUUCUAAACCUCUGUUUUUAAAAUUGUUAUACAAAUAAGUUAUUAUUUUUACUCACUUAAACUUGAGUAGUUUGAGGCUGUAGUAUCUAAAUUGGCCAUGGAAAAAUAUUGCUUCAACAGAUAUUUCUGUUAAAAUAAUAAUACUAGGCACAGAGGUUGUUGCUUUUCAUCGAUAAUGAUGCCCUUAUCGAGAAUCCUUAUCAAUCUGAGUCCCUAUCAAUAUGGUUCCUUUACUUUGUGUGCUGAAAAGACAAAAUGACAAUACCUUUUUAGCAGAAGUGGAUAAGCUGAGUAGAGCUUGAGUUGUAUACUGCCUGAAAAAACAAAUCUCAUCUUCAUGAAUGUAAUUAUUUAAAUUUCUGUUCAAAAACUGAAUUUUCAUUUCAUAGAUGUAAGAUUUAAACAUCUUAACAUUUAUUUAAAUUCACCUAAUAGUCAUUUUUACUCAGCUGAACUUGAGCACAUAAUAAUAAUAAUAUAUAUAGCUCAAUAAGUCUGCUAAUGAACUUUAUUUUGAUGAUUUCACUAUGGAUUUUAACAGUGGGUAGAUAUUUUUAACAGGACUUGCUACAAAGCUUCAGUACCACAUUAUGUUUAAUUUGAUACAGUGCUGAUGUGCUUUGAGGUUUUGUUCCCCCUGCAAGAACUGAUUUACAGUGCUUAACACAUUUGUUAAACCACCCUAACCCUUACCAAAGCAAGGUUUAUGCCACAGUUGCCCUAAAUUAACAGCAAUGGUAACUACCAAAAUCAUUUUUUAUGUUUCUGCA